UUUUCUAUGGUUCAAGCAAACUAUGUCAAUGUUAUUCUUUCGAACCGUGUAUUGACGAUAUGUUGACAAGCGGUCAGCUGUUUCCGGUUUGCGAAAAUACAGGUGGCUCGAUAGAGAUUUGUGAAAAACCCGGCUAAUUAAAUUUAAUUAAAUAAGCUGUAGUUGGACUGGCAGUAUCGGAGUAAACAAUGAGGGUGUGAUGUGGCUCUAACGUACGUUAUUUUUCUCGCCUUAAUUUCCUUUUGGUUUGACGGAUAAUGUUGAAGGAAGAACCUGAAGCAAGCACGCCGAGAAAUGCUGAUAACUCGCACACGACUAUACCAGACUCAGGAAGUAACGACGUGGCCAAAGAGUCACAUCAGAAGGUUGCGAUAGAAGAAAGAUUAGCCAGCAAAAUGUUUUCAUAUGCCAGAAAAAUUAUUCAUUUUUUCCUUGCAAUUAUCUUUACUACCCUAGCUGUUCUCCAUAGUUCUUCUCCCAAAAUAUCAAAACCUCCAUUAGCUAAACCAUUUUUUAAUCAAAAUUCAAUCGUCUUAGAUUUUUAUAAAGGACAUUUAGGAGCUAUGAUAGAGAGAGUUAUAGAAUCAGAUUUUAGUUUUGUUAUGUAUUAUGCUCCCUGGGAUGCAGAAAGUCAAACUGUACGUCAAGAAUUUGAAACAGUUGCUCAACAUUAUCAUUCACAGGUCUUUUUUGCUGCCAUUAAUUGUUGGCAUCCAAGCUCAGAAUGUAGAACUCAAUAUAACAAAAUACAAAGUUACCCAGUUUUAAUGCUUUAUCCUUCAAGAGAUUCUGGUAUAGAAUACAGAGGUAUACGUACAUGGCCAUACAUGAUAAAAUUUCUUGAUACAGUCAUGAAUCCAAUUGUUAGGGUAACACAUAAAAAGCAAUUAACAGAUUUACGUAUGAAUUAUGAUGCUGUGGUAGUAGGUUAUUUUAAUUUCACUCGGUUAGAUAAAACUCCUGGUUACAAAGAAUUUUAUAAGGCUGCUAUACAAAUAUUAGAAGAAGAUCCAAAUAGGGAAUUGGUUUUUGCUAUUGUCACUAGUGCAUUAUCUAGUAAAAUAGAUUAUAAUAUUUACAACCUUCCAUCUGCAAAUUUAUUCACAUGGAAUGAAUCUCUAAGGUAUCCAGAAGACUCUGAAUGGACUUCCGAAAACAUAUUAAAUUGGAUUAGCAGUUCUAUUCAUCAACCAGUUCUAUGGCUGCAACCUCCAGGAGUAAAAGCACUAACAUUAGCGCCAUAUUUGAAAGAAGGGCCUGUACUUUUUCUCUUCACACCUCGUAAUCCUUUGCAUCCCGAAAAUUAUAAUUAUAAUUUGAUCAGAGAAAUUGGACUGCAGUAUUAUAAUUGUCCAGAUAAUCUGUUAACUAAAGAGAUAAUUGAACGUCUCAGAUUUAAGCGGCAUAUCGCUAUUGCAGAACAUUCAGAACGAAAUAAAUUAUGUGCAAAACUUUUGAAGGAAACAAAGAAUCAAACAAAUAAGUCAACUACCAGCAUUUCGAUACAAAGAUGGGUUAAUGACAGUUGCUGUGUUAAUGUUAUAAUAAAUAAAUGUUCUUUAUGCAAAAAGAACAUAUUAAAUAAUGCAGAAAGAAGGACAUCUAUUUGUAAACUUAAUUCUAAUAAAUUUAAUGAUGUUUGCAAAAGUGCAGAUAUUUUUAAAGUUUCAGGUGUGGAAGAUUCACAACAGAAAUAUGAAAUCUGUUGUAAUCAAGAUCACAUGGUAGUAAAAUAUGAAAACGGAUUUAAAUCCAAGAGUCAAAAGCAUAAAACAUCAACAUUUAUUGCAAACAAAGAGGAUGUACGAUCUGCAGAUGCAGUAAAACAAGCACAUUUAAAAUUUGACUGUAAAAAGUGGGUAACUGGAAACAAAUAUCAUCAACCUAUAUUUCCGCGAGAUAAUUUGGAACAUCCGAAUAUAAAUUUAACAAAAUCAGUGUGUAAAAUGAAUAAGACAUUGACAUUAAUAGCAAUUGAUAGUUUACAUUAUUUCUACUUCGCGGAAGGUCUCGGCAUAGAUCUCUUUAAAAAAAAGGAUAAGACUGCUGUUGUUUUAUUAGACGUUGCUCAUGAGAGUCAAUAUGUUAUGCAAGAGGAUUUUAGUCGAUAUACACUUAUACAAUUUAUAAAUAAUUAUACCCAAGGUUUUUUACAACGCACGUUACGUUCUAAUAAUUCAAGACGUUUUGUGCAAAAAUAUAAGACUAAAGUUAAUUGUAAAACAAAAGAUGUACAGAGUGUGUGUAUACCAGAAUUAACAACUGAAACUUUCUUAGAUACUAUUUUAGAUCCAACAAAGGAUGUGAUUGUAAUGUACCAUUCUCCUUAUUGUGGAUUUUGUAGCGCGAUAUUUUAUGUAUACUUAACAGUAGCUCAUUAUUUACGCGAAAUGGAUCAUCUUUUAUUCGUAAGAGUAGAUGGUGAUAACAAUGAUUUACCAUGGGAAUAUAAUAUGAAUCGAUUCCCAUCUAUUCUUUUUUUUCCUGCCAAAAGAAAAGAGGAUAGCACGGUGUAUCCGUUUUCUCUACCAGUUACAAUACCGAAUCUUGUGAAUUUCAUAUUAGCAAAUUUGGAUGGAGAUUCACAUGUUGAAGCACUUGUAAAUAUUUGUCAAUCUGGAGCCGGUAUGGUUCCAGAUGCGUGUAUCGCUCGAACGCGUUGGCUGUGUUUAGAUAUUAUUCAACAAUUGCUUCGAGAUUAUCGAAAAUUAAUAAGGCAUAUUAGUUUACUAGGAAGAAUAAGUGCCAAAAAUAAGAGAAAAAUCAUUUUACUGAAAUUGGCACACAUUAAAGAUAUACAUUUAAUAUUAGGUUCCACUAUUGAUCUAAGAGAGGAUCAACAUAAAGUAAAAUUUAUCAGAAAAAAAUAUAGGAAAUAUUACAAAAAUAUUAGGUUACUUGAGUUAGAUAGCAAAAUAAAUAAUACUCAAGUGGGAAAUUUUUCCCAAGAACAUAAUGUUUUUGAAAGAGAAAUGAUUAAAAGUGAAUUGUGA